AACGUUUCAAGUUCUUCAUACGUUUUCAAAGAUCACCAUGGAAGAUCCACUUGACAACAAAGCAGCUGAAGACAUUAAAGAAGCACUAGAAAACAAUAAUCAAGCCUUAGCUGUAGCAAAGAUCCAGGAGUAUUUGGAGAAGAAGAAAAAUACUCCACUAAAUAUUGCCGUCACAGGAGAGUCAGGCUCUGGUAAAUCCUCCUUUGUUAAUGCCUUUAGAGGCUUAGAUGAUGGUGAUGAAGGAGCUGCUCCCACUGGUUGUGUAGAAACCACCAUCGAGGUUACAGCAUACCCCCAUCCUAACUUUCCCAACGUCACACUGUGGGAUCUUCCUGGUAUUGGCACCCCCAACUUUCUAGCUGACAAAUAUCUGCAGGAUGUUAAUUUUGAAAGGUUUGACUUCUUCAUCAUCGUCUCAUCUAAUCGAUUCAGAGAAAAUGAUGUGAAGCUCGCUCUGGAGAUCCAGAAGAUGAAGAAAAAGUUCUACUUUGUUCGCUCAAAGAUCGACAAUGACUUAGAUAAUGAGGAAAGAAAGAUGAAGAGAAAGAAGUCACAGUUCAAUGCUGAAAAGAUUCUGAAACAAAUCAGGGAAAACUGCACUCAAGGUCUUCAACAACAAGGUGUGAAGUCUCCACAAGUCUUCCUGGUGUCCAGUUUGCAGCUGGAGCUGCAUGACUUCCCUCUCUUGGGGAAAACCUUAGGGAGAGAGCUUCCUGCACACAAGAGGCAUGCUCUGCUGUUGGCCAUGCCCAACAUCAGCCUGGAGGUCAUCAACAAGAAGAAAGAGGCUUUCCAAUACAAUAUAAAAUAUUGGGCUCUUCUUAGUGCAGCUGGAGCAGCUAUACCAGUUCCUGGGCUUUCUUUAGUCCUUGAUGUGGAAGUGUUGGUUGUUGUUGUCACAGGAUACGUAAGUGGGUUUGGUCUUGAUAUCCCAUCACUGCGUUCCCUUGCUAACAGAUCAAAUGUGCCAUUGGAUGAUCUGAUGAAGAUCAUUGUUUCACCACUGGCUGCAAAAAAAAUAACCCGUGAUCUUGUCCUGAAGGCUCUUCUUCCAUUUGGAAAUGCAGCUAAGUUAAUGGCAGCAGAAGAAGUGUCCAGGUUUAUUCCAAUAUUUGGAAUCCCAGUAGCAAUGGUCUCCUCUUUUGUCUCCACCUACAGUAUGUUAAACACGAUCCUCAACAUGCUUGCUGAGGAUGCACAGAGAGUGUUUGAACUGGCCCUGGGUUUGGAAACCUCAGUGUGA